UAGUGACGACCUUGUUCUAUCUGUGGUGGAACGUUGCGGACAUAGACCAGAAAGUGCAGCGUUUUAUGACGUCAGCAAAGGAAGCGAAGCUGUGUGCCAUUCUAUCAUUGAGAAUUUCAAGAUACAAAAAUUCAAACGAAGAAGCACUCUAGUCAACAAGAUGAAGAGCACACCUGGGGAAAAGCAACACAAUAAAACCAAACGGACUAAACACCAUCCAGACCCCAUCAAAACAGAGUGUGGAACACAGUCAGAUGAUGUUGACUGCAAUAGAGAAGAACCAGACAUUAGCCAAUCACCCUACAUUACUAAAGGGGUUUGUAACAGCUCCAUCCUAAUCAAAGAGGAACCAACAGACUUUGAGCAGCAGGGAAUGGGAGAGGAACCAAACCGUUCUGUUCCUUCCUUCCAGAAGAAGCACAUCAAACAUCAAAAUACAUCCAAUCCAAUGACCGGAUGUAACAAGAUAUCAUGGAGUCCUGUGGUGACGCUAACAAGAUUGUCUAAUGUGGUGGUUAAGACUCUUCUGCGAGACACUAAAGUGUGUUUGGUGAAGGAGGAAAACCCAGACGAGACAGUUGGAGUCUCUUCUCCUCAAUUUUUUCCUUGUCCACACUGCACCAUCUCCUUCACUGACUGUUACUUCCUGGAGAACCACAUAAAGACCAAACACCAGAAGCAGUACCUGGCUUUGUUCAAAAGCUAUGUCUCAACAAGUAAAACUGUGUAUGCCCCAACACACAGCUGUCCCCACUGUAGCUGCAUGUUCCAUACCCCACGACAGCUACACGUCCACAUCUGUCAGGCCCACCCCUCUGCCCCGCUAAGGAAACUCCACCCCUGCCCCUAUUGUGAACGCAGCUUCCAGUACAUAGCCAGAUUGCAUACUCACUGCAAGGUUUGGCACAAAAUGUCUGUUACUUUCAUCGAUGGAUACCUCAGUUGCGCUGACUGUGGAAAGAGCUUCAGGAAUUGCUGGGGACUUGGGCCUCAUCAGUGUCACAAACCUGAGGACUCUAAGCCUAAGGAUGGCCCUGUCUGUCUGAACAUCGGCAUGCCAUGCUCAGAAUGUGGCAAAAGCUGCUCUAGUCCUCAGAAUCUGCGCAUUCACAUGCGCACACACACCGGCGAGAAGCCCUACGUCUGCAAGGAGUGUGGCAAGAGCUUCUCAGAAGCCAGCAGUCAUUGCAAACAAAUGCCAAGACUGCGGAAAGGAUUUUGCCCGGAUGCGAGAAGCCUUUAUCCUGCCCCAAAUGUGACAGGCGGUUUGCAUACAGUUAUUCUUUGAAGCUUCACCUGCGCACACACUCAGGGGAGAGACCUUUCAAAUGUACUGUGUGUGGUAAAGACUUUGCGGACAACGGUUAUCUGAAGACG